CGGCUGCAGAAUCUGCAGACCUUUACAGCUGAGAUGUGAUAGAAAGUCUUGUGGAGCGAUUUUUUUUCCCACUGUCUGAGUCAUAGAUGUUAAGGGUAAGAGUAAUACCCAGAAGGUUCUUUCUUCAAAGUUUUGGUGCGUGCAAAUUCAAAAGCACUUCAGCUUCAGAGAGCAUACAAAUAGAGUUUGAACUGAACAAUUGUGAUGUUCCAGACAGUUUUAGAGGCACUUCAUUUGCUGCUUCCAAGAGAGGGUCUUUCUUUCAAGAUGCACCAAGGUUCCGGAAUCAAUUCAGUGGCGAUUUAUUUUUGCAGUCGUACUUGAAAAGAAUCCUUCCACAGGAGAUUUUGCAAGAAAUCAGGUCAGACUUAGAACAUUUUGGACACAGAGUGGCGACUGAUAUAUACUCCAUGGGACGAGAAUGUGAGCUGCAGCCACCAAAACUAGAGCAUUUUGAUGCAUGGGGCAGAAGAGUGGACAAUAUUCAGACCUGUAAUGGAUGGAAACAGUUACAUGAUGUCUCAGCUGAAGAAGGGCUGAUAUCCAUUCCCUAUGAGAGGAAAUAUGGACAGUGGAGUCGCAUAUAUCAAGCUGUGAAGCUAUUCAUGUUUUCUCCUUCCUCUGGUUUGUACUCUUGUCCAUUGGCAAUGACUGAUGGAGCAGCCAAGACUAUUGAGGUCUCAGAUUUAACAGAGAAUCUAAGUGUUCUACAGGAUGCGUACAAUCAUUUGACAAGCAGAGAUCCUGAGAAAUUCUGGACAUCUGGUCAGUGGAUGACAGAAAGAAGAGGAGGUUCAGAUGUUGGUGAGUUAAUGAAUUAUUCAGACAGUAUAUUUACUAAAUAGUGAGAGAAAUAGGUUGUCUGCAGCUGGUAGUGGAAAAGGA